GCCUGGUGAGGUCCCUGUUUCUGUGACUCCUUAGUUUCCCCCCUUCCCAGAUCCCUUUUUUUCUCUCUCCGUUUUCCCUAAUCACUCUCUUUUCCUCUCCUCCCAGUCACCCUCUUUUUCUGUAGUGUGGAAAGGAGCUGGGACACAUCUGGUCAGCUUUUACUGAAUCAGGAUAGACAAACGGCAACCUUUCACACAAAGGAAUCUCCUGGUGGCACAGCUGAAAGGAGGAAAAGGAGGAAGACAGGCUGUCAGACAGGUUAGACAGGCAGACGGAAAUGAUGCUGGAGGAAUUAUCUACCAGCAACCAGGACAGGACUGAACCUCAUGCCAAAAUAACAGACCAUGGGACUGUGAGGUCCUGGAGUCGACAUGGGGUUAAAGUUCAAUUACACUCUGUAGACACAGAUGCACCGUCACUAACAUCACCACCAUCACCGCCCCCACCGCCAUCAUCACCAUCACCACCGUCACCGCCCCCACCGCCAUCAUCACCAUCACCACCGUCACCACCGUCACCACCGUCACCACCGUCACCAUCAGGUAAACACUCCAGCAGUGCCUGCUGUACUUUGGAGGCUGUGGAUCCUGGAUCACAACAGAAAGAGUGUGUGGCUUUACAGCAUUCAAGUAAACCUUCCGAAGGCCGCUGUGCGUUUAGCCACAGGACAGGCAUUGGGCCUUAUGAGCCGUGCUGCAGCCAGACAAAACAUAUGCCAGACGUCUGCAAGGACAGCAGCACUCCAACCCAUGGAGCAAGCGUCACACCUCCAUCAUGUACAGCUCGUGAAAUAGGUCAUGUUCCGCCGAGCAUUGUGGGUAACGUAGUACAUUAUGGUACAGACGUACGCAAGACUGUCAUGGAGUUGGAGUCGCAGGCGUUUUCUCCUUCGUGUAAUCGAAGGACGCUACCAGCUGGGGCCAGUAGCAAGAACUGGUUUCAGGGCUUGCUCUACUCUGCUACCUCCUCAGGCGUUACUAGAGAUAAGGAGGCAAUAGGGGGCAAGAUGUCAGGAUCAGCAUCCUCAGUGUCUUCAGCAUCCUCAGCGUCUUCAGUGUCCUCAGUGUCUUCAGUAUCUUCAGUGUCCUCAGUGUCCUCAGCGUCUUCAGUGUCCUCAGCGUCUUCAGUGUCCUCAGCGUCUUCAGUGUCAUCAGUGCCGUGUUCAACCAUGAAGGUCACUACAGGCAGCUUUUCCUUCUGCCUUGUAGAGGAAAUGACAUCGACGGUAACCGACAGCACUUGCGCCCAUGGAUUUGGAGAUGGCCACCUCAGUCCAGGUGGGAAAGUGAAAAGUCAACGGUGCUCCGCUCUAGCACCCCUUCCUACUUGUCCUCCCGACAAACUCACAGAGUUGAAGAUGGACUCAGAGGACGGGUUAGCUCCUGACUGCGAGGCUGAGGAGGACUGUGUGCAUAAGCGGGAGCGUUCAACAGUCCUGAUCCGUAGGUUCUUGAGGGACAACCAGAGGGUGAAGAAGUCCGUGUGUACUGGAACACGAGCUAUCCUCAGGACGUUACCUUCAGGGGGGAUCGGUGAAGAGGCCUGGGACACUGUCUGUAGAAGGGAGGAAGACCGUUUCUCUGGGCCUAGUGAAUACAGCCGAUUGAGUGGACGCAGUAGACAAAGGCCAACCUCUCAGAGUCUGCGUCUGCAAGCAUGUAAACUUCUUCAAGGAAUAAAUGGAGAUAUGUUUUUUGAGGCAUGCCGCGCCCUGAGUUCUGAGGCAAGGGUAGCCUGUUCAGGAGAGCUACUCUUGUCUUCUAGAAAGCUACUGCAGUCUACAGAGAAGAGGGAUCUGUGUUGUAGGAGGGACACAUUUCCAUGGCCGGGUGGAGGAGGGGUAUCUAGCUACAGAGCAACGAUACACAGGACGGACAUCUCUCUCUACAUUUCAGGGACCCUCCUGGAAGUGGUUCUGUCCAUCGGCAGUAGAGGAGACUGUUCUCCUCCCUGUAUUACCACCAGUCCCUCAGGCUGGGCUGUCCUGAAAGAGCGUCAGCUUCAUUCCCCAAUGGCAGGCUCCAGCGUGGUCCCAGCAUCUCCACUGGCAGAGGUCAGCAAGGAGCUGUCUGACCUCCGACCCCUUCUAAGUUUCCCAGAGGAGUUGGCAUAUGUCCUCAUGGAGCAGGAGCUGCAGCUCUACAGACAGAUCCUACCACUGGACUACCUGUGCUUCCUCACCCAGGAGCUGGGAGGGGCUGGCCAGCCCCAUCUACCUGUACAACCACACCUCUUGGCUGGCUGCAGUCAGACCCGCAAUGCUGUGGAGGACCUGGUGACAAGAUUCAACCAGGUGAGCUCCUGGGUGACAUGGAUGAUUCUGACAGCAGGUUCUAUGGAGGAGAAGAGAGACGUGUUCUCAGAUCUAGUCCACGUAGCCAAGUGCUGUUGGAACUUAGGAAACUACAACACCGUCAUGGAGUUCCUUGCUGGACUCAGGUCUCGCAAGGUGCUGAAGAUGUGGCAGUUCAUGGACCCGUCCAACAUCGAGACCAUGCGGGCCCUGAAGGAUGCCAUGGCACACCAUGAGACAUCUGAAGACUACAGGAAGGUGGUCUCGCGUGCCCUCCACAUCCCAGGCUGUAGGGUGGUGCCAUUUUGUGGGGUCUUUCUAAGAGAACUAGGGAUGGCCCUAGAUGGAGCAGCUAGCCUAAUCAGUCUCAAACCACACCUCAUCUCUAAGGACUCUGUGGAGUUUGUCUGCGAGUACAACGGACAGGACAACUUCCUACAACGGGCGGGGCCAGGUGGGCUCAACCAACCAGAGAAGGAAGCAACGGUUAACAACAUCCUGCAGACCAUCCGUAGCUGCCACCGCAGUCUGGAGUCUGAGGACUGGGAGGAGUCAGGAGUGGUAGGUGAUGGAUGCAUUCCUGGCUCACGCAGAAACUCCAUCAAGGACGGGAAUCGCAACCAGUUUAGUGUGGGCGAUCUCAUCGACUCUGCGGGUGACCUGUCAGACCAAUCACAGGGCAUGGACACAGACCUCCAGGGUGCGGGCGAGAGGAUUCAGAAGGCCUUUGCCCAUGGUACUGAGCUCAUCCCCUGGUACGUCCUUUCCUUACACCCCCACGUGCACCACUUCCUCCAAAAUGGCGCUACCAUGAUCCACUACGACCAGGACUCCCAUCUCACCGCUCGCUGCCUGCUCCGACUCCAACCUGACAAUUGUGUCCUCACUUGGGCCAAGCUCCACAGUGGCAGUGUGGGUCUCGCUGGAUCUUGCUCUGGCCCUGAUUCUUCCAAACUCCGGAGCCCCACUGGGUCAGGGGCUUGUGGUCAGACCCUACCCCACUGCAGGCCUCAGUACUGUGGGCAGGCCAUUCUGAAAGGACUAGCUGAUGGAUUCCUGGAUCUUUCUGUGGCUAAAGCUGUCUUCAUGGGACAUCCUGGUGCAGACAUUCAGACAGUAUGCCUUCAGAACAAGCUCUCGUGCGGGCUGAAUCUGGAGGAGUGUGGGGUGACUGUACUCUAUGGGCUUCAUACGACAGACAACAGGCUGUUACACUUUGUGGCCCCCAGAAACACAUCUAGGAUGGUGUAUGCUGGGUUGCAGGCUUUGUUAGCUGCUCACAAGAGGAUGAGGAGGUUCCCUGACCAAAGACUUCAGUGGCUCCGGAGAAAGUAUGUCAACCUCUAUCAGGAGGAUGGCAGGUAUGAGGGUCCCAUACUAGCCCAGGCCAUCGAGUUGUUCGGUGGCAGGAGAUGGAGUGUAGGUGCCGGCAGCAUGGAGAAGUCUGGAAUUCAGAAGAACAGCCAUCUUAAUGUUAACUCCAAUCAGAAGACUGUUAACUCCACUAAAAAGAAAAAGAGGACUGUGACUAGAGGGGACAGUGGGGAUGCCACAGAUGAUGACAUGGUGUCACAGAAGAUGAAGAGCGGUUGGGAUGUCUUAGGGUUGAGCGCCUCGGAUCCAACGAGCAAUGUGGACCAAGAGCCGGAUGACAGCAGCUCCUAUGGGGUCCCUGGGCCUCUCUCCACCCCCACCAGUAGAUCCAUGGCCAUAAGCACCUCUUCCACUUCCAUUGCCUCAUCAACAUCAGCCUCCAUCCACAAGGCUCAGAUGGGUAAUAGGACCAGUCAGACACUGCCUAGCCGGAGUAAGAACCAAUCAAAGAACUUCCAGAACCUCAUGGUGUCAGAUGGAACAAUGAGCUUUACAGAGUUUAUUGAACUCUUCAAGUCCUUCAGUAUUCGGAGUCGUAAGGACCUGAAGGACCUGUUUGAUGCCCAUGCUGUGCCGUGUGGUCAGUCCACCCAAGAGCCCGCUCCACUUUACACUCACCUCAACAUUGAUGACAGAGUCACAGGACUGCAACCAGACCUGGACCUGCUGACCCGUAACGGUCUGGACCUUGGCCUUUCUAUUCGGAUCAAGCGACACAUGUCCGACAAUCAAAAGCAUAUUUCAGAUGCCAUUGCUGCGGCCAGCAUCGUGACCAAUGGUACUGGCGUGGAGACCGCCUCGCUGGGAUCCCUGGGCAUGACCAUCACCCACCUCAACGACUUCUUGGUCAACUACCAGGGAGAGAACCACUCGCAUGAUGAAGUCCUAAAAAUGAUCCAGAAAUUUGAGCCAUCCGCCAGUUUGCGUCAGAUAGGCUGGAUGUCCUUUGAGGGAUUUGCCCGCUAUCUGAUGGACAAGGACAACUGGGCUUCCAGGCUGGAAGAGUCACCACUGAAAGUAGAAGACCUUCAGUACCCACUAACAUACUACUACAUCGCUUCAUCACACAACACCUACCUGACUGGCCACCAACUCAAAGGGGAGUCGUCAGUGGAGCUCUACAGCCAGGUUCUCCUCCAAGGAUGCCGGAGUGUUGAACUGGACUGUUGGGAUGGAGAUGACGGCAUGCCAAUUAUCUACCAUGGACACACCCUGACGACCCGAAUACCCUUCAAGGAUGUGGUGGAGGCAGUGAACCGAUCUGCGUUCGUGACCUCUGACCUACCUGUGAUACUGUCCAUAGAGAAUCACUGCUCCCUGCCACAGCAACGCAAAAUGGCUGAAAUCUUCAAGACUGUGUUUGGGGAUAAGCUAGUGACAAAGUUCUUGUUCGAGAGUGAUUUCUCAGACGACCCACUACUGCCAUCGCCAUGGCAACUGAGGGGGAAAAUCCUCCUCAAGAACAAGAAGCUGAAGGCUCACCAGACACCGGUGGACAUCCUUAAACAGAAGGCUCAUCAGUUGGCCCAGAUGCAAGCUCAGACCAGUCCUGUGAUGCCACCAUUCCCAGCCAUCAUCAACGAGGACGAGGAGGACGAAGAAUAUGAGGAUGAGUACGACUAUGAGUAUGAAUCACUAUCUGAUGCUGACGUCCUGAAUAUAUCUGCUGCUUCUAAUGUCCCAUCAGAUAAUAUUCUGGAGGACAGACUGGAUGGAAAACUUCUGGCAGUGGAGAAGUUACAGGUCGAACACAGUGACGAAGUUCCUAAAAAGAUGAAGAAAUGCGAGAGCACAACUCACAACAAAGGAAUGGUAUUUGGCAAAGAGCUGGAAGAAGAGUUCAAGCUACCUCGAAGUAAGAAGGAAGGGCGCCAGAUCGCCCAGGAGCUCUCAGAUCUGGUGAUCUACUGCCAAGCUGUUAAAUUCCCAGGUCUGUCCAGCCCCACUCCAUCUGAGUCUCCCAGGGAUAGAAAGGACACAAAGGAAAUUUGUCCCAGAGGAAAGGGCAGGAGGUCCAUCUUUGGGAAUGCUCCAGUUAAAGGUGUUCCAGUGGACCCAGUGGCAGUGAUGCGGGCUUCAGUUAGAGGAGCAGCUUCAGAUGGCUCUCGCCCCAACUGGGAAGAAUCCCCCAACUCCCCUCCUUACACCUGUAACGCCUCCCUGAGCUCCCUCAUCCGCACCCCAAAGUGCUACCACGUUUCCUCGGUCAAUGAGAACGCCGCCAAGCGCCUGUGUCGUCGCUAUUCCCAGAAGCUGAUCCAACACACCAGUGCCCAGCUCCUGCGGACCUACCCAGCUGCCACACGUAUUGACUCAACCAACCCCAAUCCCUUACUCUUCUGGUUGCAUGGAAUCCAGCUGGUCGCCCUCAACUACCAGACCGAUGACCUGCCCCUGCAGCUGAAUGCGGCCAUGUUUGAGCCUAACGGAGGUUGUGGAUAUGUUCUAAAGCCCCCAGUCCUGUGGGACCCUAGCUGCCCACUCUACGGACACUUCUGCCCCUUGGACAGAGACCCAGAGGGCAUGAACCCCGCCCUGAUCUCUCUCACUAUCAUCUCUGGUCAGAAUGUUUGCCCAGGGAUCUCAGCAGGCAGUCCCUGCAUUGAGGUGGACAUAUUAGGCGUACAGAUGGAUGUGUGUCACUUCCGCACCAAACCUGUCCACCGUAACGUCUUGAACCCCAUAUGGAACCAGAGAUUCCACUUCCCCCUGCUAAUGGCUGACCUGGCCUUCCUACGCUUUGCUGUGGUGGAACACAACAGCUCCCAGACCACCGCUCAGAGGAUCAUACCACUCAAAGCACUCCGAACAGGAUACAGACAUGUGCAGCUGAGGAACCAGCACAAUGAGGUCCUGCCAGUCUCUAGUCUGUUUAUCUACAGCCGUAGAACUGAAGACAGUGGAGCAGCAGGUUCACAGCCAGCAUCACGGCUCUUCUGUACAGAGGAACGUAGGUCUACUAUGGAGUACAAGGUCACUGUACUUGGAGUCCCUGGGCCUGAGCCUUUCACUGUGUUUAAUGUGAGCGAGAAGACCACUGCCGGUCAGCUCCUAAACCAUAUCCUUUUGUCCCUCUCCUCCACUCUCUUCUCUCUCUCUUCUUGCUUUCUAAUUGAAGAGAUGGUGGCAUUGUCCCAGGAGAGGGGUGAGACCAGGGAGGAGAGAGGGGAGGCUCGGAGGCCUCUCUUACAGAGAACAAUCAGGCCUGAGGAGGAGAUUCUAAAGGUUGUUCAGAGCUGGAACCCUAACGAAGGCUACCUGGGCAGAAUAUGCCUCAAAACCAGAAAAAAGCCUGUGAAUGAAGGGAAUUCCGUUACAGAGGAGAUGGAGGUAAACUGCGGACUGGACAAUGAUUCCUUCCUGGUCGAAGUACAUGAAGUGUCCCCUGAACAAUCCCUGAUGACCCUCAGAGCUCCCAGACAAAUCACAGCCAAUGAGCUCAUCCAGCAGACACUCAAGAAAGCCAGACAGUCCAAUCUGCUGCUGUCAGGGGCCAACGCCAGCGACUACACUCUGAUAGAGGAGGUUAUCAAGGAGCCCCUGGGGCGCAGGCUUCCUUCCAGACCUAGCCAAAGGACCCUUCUGGACCAGGAGUGUGUAUUCCAGGCCCAGGGAAGGUGGAGGGGUCAGGGGAAGUUCAUCCUUAGACUCAGAGAGCAGACUCAGGGAAAGGAGACAGUGCGUGAAGACUGUGUCAGACCAGUUCGAGAAGAUCGGCGGAAAGGAAUAUCACUGGCGAGUGAGCUGAAACGACUUACAGGCCGAAGUCGAGCUGUAUGGAUUGGGGCUCACACCUGCUCUGAGACUGUGAACAGCAAAGACGAGAGGGCAGCUUACUGUCUGCAUCUGAGCGAGACCAGAGAAUGAUAUUACUGGUUCUGCUCUACUAGCAGACAUAAUGAAUGUGAUACUCUAGAGAUCCCAUUAUGCAUAGUGAAUUAUAGGAUUUCUAUGGUCAAAAGUCUCUGAAGUUUCUGAUCAAUCAAAUCCAAGCCUACUUGAGCCAUACUUUAGCAAGAAGGCACCAGGGGUGUGGUAAAUGACCAAAACACCACAACUGGGCAGUUUUUGAGCACAAUGUAAAACAGAAUACCUGGAUACAGCCUAAAACCAUGUUAAAACAGCAAUAUUCCAAAAACCCCUGAAGUGCCUUAUUCAUAUAAUAAACUGGUUACCAACACAGAACAGUAAAUUAUUCUCUUUCCAUAUACAUAGUAUACUGUGACAUAUACCACAGCUUUCAGCCAAGCAGCAUUCAGGAUUCCAACCAAUUUGGCAUCUGGCAAUCCGACUUAAAGCUUGAAUGCUUCAGGAUGGGUUUAUUCCAGUCAAUUCAGGAAGUACACUGAAAUUCCAAUUAAUUUAAAUGAGGAAUAUUUGUAAUUGGAAUGAUGUCUUUUUUUCUCAGUUGACUGGAAUUGUCUUACUGGAGAAUCGUCUGAUUAGUCAGUGUAUGUGCAAUCGUUAAUCUUUUGGACUUAAGAAAAUGCCCCAACCCUCGAAUCCUUACAUAUUUUCCAAAUAUAUGUUUUUAUACCAAUGGAUUCUUGAAGGAUGUGUUCAUGAGCUCAGCUCAACUGUUGUACCCCAUUAAAGCUUGUUUCUUUCACUCCAAUGUUUGUAAACAAUGCAACAAUGUAAACAUAACAUGGUAAAAACAAUGAUUUUUAUUACUUGGGUUAUCUUUCUUUGUUUAAUUAGCUUUCAGUAUACACUUGAGUGGAUAAUUUUACUUAGACACCUCCCUCAUCAACAAAGACUCAAUAAGCAAUUUGUGUUGGAUCAAAUUCUAAAUUUGAUUUUUUUUUUAUAUUCUUAUCUGCUAUCAAUGCAUGUACACGUUAUACUUCUAAUCUAACUUUGGCGUCUUCAUCCCCCUUCAGGCAGUCUAAUUAAGGACAUCCAAGAUGGAUUAAUACAGGUGUUGAAAUGAGAGAACUUGGACCAGGCCACAAUCCAAUAAAUCAAAUCUAAAAGAGUUGUUUUACCUGGUGCUAACAUGUACCAUAUUCUGAUUUUACCACAUUUAGUAGUAUAAUCCAUCCACUGUGGUCAUCUUAUCAGUUUGUUUUAGUCUUCCCCUGUCCAACAACGUGGACACCUUUACAAUGUGGACAGGAUCCGGGCAAAGGACGUCUUCAACCAAGAAAUUAACAGGGCUAAUGUUUACCUGGAGGUGGAAAUGUGAAUUUGUUCCUUUCUGCCUAAUAUUCCCUUGAGGUAUGUAGAAGUAGAUUUGAAUCAAGUGGAACUUAAAAGACAAACUGUAAGGACUGCAGGAAACAAGUAGAUUUCCUGCAGUGGUACUCUCGUACACAUGGUGGCCACUUUCUGGUUGAGGAGACAGAUUCUCAAUCUCCCAUGGUCUGUGGAUUUCACCACCCGUCCCUCAGACCUUUUACAUUAAAAACAAAUGUGUAUUGCUGGCUUACAACACUGUGGAAGUACUAUUAUGACCUAUUCCCCAGUGU